AUGCGCUGCCUGCUUCUGCCCCGAAGAAGAAGAAGAUGAUCAUUCUAAUGAAAGCUUUGCAGUAACACCAGAUUAGUUUGCUCUUCUGGCGAUGGGUUUCCAACACGUCAACGCUGGACACGAUAAUCCAACGGUAGCGACGCCGGGCGCCGAGCAUAAGCUGGUGUGCCAGGGAGCGAACAACCAUAGCUAUGUGUGUGAAUCCGGCCACUGCUGCGGGGAGACUCAGUGCUGCAGCUACUACUACGAACUGUGGUGGUUCUGGUUGGUGUGGACUCUGAUCAUUAUUCUGACAUGCUGCUGUGUUUGUCAGCACCGCCGCUCCAAACAGCGCUUCCAGCAGCAGCGGCGGCAGAAUGAGAUCAACCUGAUGGCGUACAGAGAAGCCCACAACAACACACAGCUGCCCCUCUACCUCCGGUUCCUACCAGACUACCUGCUGCCGGCUUAUGAAGAGGUUGUUGAUCACCCAGCCACACCGCCACCCCCUUACAGUUCUCUGCAGUCUGCAGUGCCACCUACAGAAUCCCCUGAUGGCCAUCUAACCCCACCCUCACCAUCUGUGGCCACUCCUCCUGAUGCACAACCACUCACUGCAGCGCCAGUUUCCACUCAGACCCAACAGCACAACAGCCACCUCAGCAACAAGGACUUGAUGCCGGGCCGGUACCGGCGCUUCACAGGGGACUCCGGAAUUGAAGUGUGUGAUGGCCAGGAACUGUGGGAAUUGUGGGAUCAGCAAGGCUUUCUGGGCAGGGAGGAAGAGGAAGAAAUGGAAGACCCAUGUGACAUCUGUGGUCCCCAGACCACAGCAGACCCCCGUGUUCCAGAUGCAGAAACACAAAUGCACAGAGACAGAGAGGAGCACUCUCCAGCUGCAGACCUGCAGCAUCCGAGCUAGUCUCGUAGAAUCCCUUCCCUGCACUCCACCACAGCAGCCAAACGCCUCAGUAACGUGCUGGGGUUGGGGCUUGUAUUGUUUGUUUGACUAACAUUCAUGAAUGUGUAUGACGGGCCUCGUGAGGUGGCGCUAUCACAAGUAUGAGACAAGAUUUUGAUACUUUGGACUUUAAAGUGUUUAAACACACCACCCGCUGUCAGUUGUAUAUUACAUCGAUGGUUGUCGAGGAUAAGCUUCUGGUGUCACAGCCGUGCUUAACAGAAAGGGUCUCCAAGUGGCUCUCUCAUCAUCCACCAUGUAACGAGUUCUCAACACAGAAAUGAACAAAAACAUGCGGGAUGAUGGAAAGCAGGUUUAGAAACCAUUGUGUGUCCAUUUGUGUGUCUGCAUUUACAGUGUCCAAAUCCCCUGACUUGGGUGCAACACAAAGCUUCUUAUAAUGGCCUUUUUUUGUGUUGUCAUGGUGCCAUAAAUCAGUAGCCUUGGGAUGUGUUUCCAGUUUUGUGCUUUUUUAUGGAAAAAAGUGGGAUUUUUUCUGCACUUCAGCAAACAAAGUGCACGUGAUGAAGCCCACUUUUCAUAGCAAACAAGGUUUGCUGAAGUCACAGCCAGCAGACAUGUAGUUACUGUAAGUAGCCCAGAAGCCUUAAAAUGAUUCCUUCCAACACAACUGAGGUGCCUUGUGAUCAGAUCUGAAAGCCGCUAUCAACGUCUACCAGCUACCGCCUGGACGUACUUCCUCAGGUUCAUUCCAUACUUCUCCUGGCUGGUGAUGAUGCCAAGUAUCAGCCGCUUACAUCAGCUGAAGUUCUGCUCCUCCUUGGUUUUGAUUGUUCAAGAAUUAGAAGUGCAGUCUCUGCAUUUUCACCUCUCAAAAUAUGGACCCCCCCCCCCCCCCGAGUUGUCUUCUUCUCUGGCUCUGGAAGAAGAACCAGGAGAGGCCAGCACUUGUAAUAAUGCAGCAGCUUCUUCUUCUUUGACAGCUGCUCCCAUUUGUUUUAAUGUCGCAAAGGCCAUAGUUAAAAGGAAAUGCUGUCAUCACAGCUUGAUGUUGCUUUUUAUUUGAAAAUAUCAAGAUGCAUUAAGAUUUUUUUUCUGGUCUGGAGGGUCUUGAAGAACAUUAUUCCAUACCAUGUUAACAAACAGCACUUACCCCUUCACCUUAUUAGCCCACAGAUGUAGCCAGCGUUAAUGUACCAGGUAAUAAGAUCACAUUACAGAGGAUGAAUUGAGAGCCUCAGAUUGUGGGCAUAUUGUAUCCCCAGAACAUCAACGAUAAGAACAUCACAGUUAAGAGUUAAGCUCUUUCUUAUACCUGAUCCAUCACUGUUAUUGUUAGAGAGGUUGUGCCAUUGUGUUGAAGGUUGAUGUAGUUAGCUUCUACAAGAUAGACGGUGUGUUAUUUAACACAAGAUGGAAACAUACAGCCCACUGGGAGAAAACAUACAGCCCACUGGGAGAAAACAUACAGCCCACUGGGAGAAAACAUACAGCCCACUGGAAGAAAACAUACAGUGCACUGGGAGAAAACAUACAGCCCACUGGAAGAAAACAUACAGUGCACUGGGAGAAAACAUCCAGCCCACUGGGAGAAAACAUCCAGCCCACUGGGAGAAAACAUACAGCCCACUGGGAGAAAACAUACAGCCCACCGGGAGAAAACAUCCAGCCAACUGGGAGAAAACAUACAGCCCACUGGGAGAAAACAUCCAGCCCACCGGGAGAAAACAUACAGCCCACUGGGAGAAAACAUACAGCCCACUGGGAGAAAACAUCCAGCCCACUGGGAGAAAACAUCCAGCCCACUGGGAGAAAACAUACAGCCCACUGGGAGAAAACAUACAGCCCACUGGAAGAAAACAUACAGCCCACUGGGAGAAAACAUACAGCCCACUGG